AUGUCUUGGCAAACUUACGUCGAUACUAACCUAGUAGGUACAGGAAAAGUCCAAAAAGCAGCUAUAUUUGGCUUAGACGGAGCACAAUGGGCAACUAGCGCUGGGUUCACUGUAAGUACAUUUGAAAUGCACUUAGCGCUAGUUCUCUGUUUCUUUAAAUUAAACUUGUAAUUAUUUUUCAACCCGCUACAGCUUACUUGGUCGUCUUAUAGCUUGUAUACGAUUUUGUGAUAGGUAUCUAAAAAGGAAGCGCAGGACAUCAUAAAGAGCUUAAAGGAUGGCAGUGUCGCCGGCAAGUCCAUCGCAGGAACUAAAUAUAUGAUGCUGCGAAACGACGCAGAAAAGAAAGCGGCAUACUUGAAAAUGAAAGAAAAGGGUGGCUUUUGUGCGUGUCUCACCAACAAAGCUCUGGUUUUGGGCGGUUAUGAUGAAGGCGCAGGAGGAGCUGGGAAUUGCAACCAAGUCGUGGAAACCUUAGCAGAAUACCUCGUCGGUUCAGGAUUUUGA